GUUCCUGCUGUUAUGCAUUCCUUUAACCAGCAGCUCAGUGCAAUCAUUGGAACACACAGGAUGCUAAAAUACUUGAGCUGCCAGCAGAAGAAUCUCCAGACCCCAACAAUUAACAAGAAAGGUACCAUUCUAUCUGGGUUUACACUUCUGUGCUGUUCUGAACCAGCAACACCCACUGGCCACAAGACCAACGAUGAGAUAUUGACCCUUGUCUGCCUCAAUGUUUGGGUAGGAAUCUCACAGCUUUUCACUGUCCCCUUCCUCUUGGUAGGCUGGCUAUGGAGCAUAACCUGGGGUGUGAUGAUGAUCAACUUAUCCUAUGAACAGAGGAACGAUGGAGAAGCACAAGCAGUUACCAUGGAGGCGAAAACUGAAACUGUAUUCCUUCCUUCUUGAGUAAAUGACUGUAAAAUGCAAUUAAUUGGGCUUUUAUUCAGCGUUUGAUCUGCAAAAGGCAUAGUAGGAAUCAAGAUACACCUACUUACCUUCAAUAAUCAUUAUACAUUAGGGCUUCGCAGCUUACAUUGACAGCUUCAUUUAUUGGAUGGAGCAUUAGAUCAUCUGCACAAGCAUGGACAUUUCAGGUUCAUGGCACAGGAUAUCUUUUGAUGUAGAGGUAUCUUUUAGAAUACUAAUAUAUUGCAUUGCAAUGUAGGUUGAAAAUACAUCCAGGUAAAUAGAAGCUUAAUACCACUGAAUGUUUAUUUCACAUAAAGUAUAUUUUCUUUUCCAUUUAUGUUUUCUAGUCUCUUAAAUUGCUAAAGAGAGAACUUGCAUUUAUAUAGCUACUUUCACAAACUCAGGAUGCUCCCAAACACUUUACAGCCAAUUAGGCAUUUUCCAAGUGUAGUCAAUGUUAUAAUGUUGGAACCACAACAACCAAUUUUGCACACAGUAAUGUCCCAUAAACAACAACAAUUGAUAAUCUGCCUCUGAAGUUGGCUCAGAAUAGAUAUUGGCCAGGACAUCAGGAAGAGUUCCCCUGCUUUUCUUAGAAAAAGUGCCAUGGAAUCUUUUCCAUCCAUCUGGAAGGGAAGAUGAGGGAUCAGAUAAACAUCUCAUCAAAAGACAGAACUUCAACAGUGUAGCAGUCCCGCAAUACUACACUACACUAGGGACAGGACAUUGUACUCAAGUCUCUAGAGUGGAAAUUGAAUCCUGAACCUUCUGCCUCAGAAGCAAGAUUACUUCCAACUGAACCAAAGUUAGCAUAUGUUGUUAAUCAUGUUUCUUUCUCCUCUCUAUUAUCUCACUGCUCAUGCCUGAAGGGAAGUCGUUCCAUUUUGGUUUGAAUAUAUGACAUUUCUCAAUUCCCUCCUUCCUAUGGAAGUCUUACUGAGUGAUGUACUGUGUGUGUUUUUGGAGGCAGACAACCAAUUUGUAUCCCUUCAUCAAUUCCACUCUUCAGAAGAGGCACAAAGCACAAACCUGGUGAUCAUAUCCCCUUUCCCCUUUUUGGAAGGCCUUGGGGGCACCUGGGAUUGUGAGCUCAGUGGAGUAGGAGUAUUUGAAUUUGGAUCAAUUUACUCAAUGCUACUGAGUGUUAAUACUGUUUGCUACUGUGCUAUUCACUCUGUUACCAUUGUUUCUCAGCUUAUGGAGGAAGAGGAGAAAGUGAACUGACUGUCAGUUUAUUUUCCCUUCUGUGACAUUGGUUCCGCCCGAAACCAUCUGUUUGACAAGCCUUUGACCAUCUGUGUUAUUGGAUCUCUCAGCAGUGGAUAAUUAUUCAUUAUCUGCCCAGAUCCUAGGCAUGCAAGCAUCCUUGCAUCAGAGUAAUGCAUCAUUAAUGUUUUUAUUCACUUUUAUUGUAAUGGUGGGGGGAUACUUUAAAGUGCUUGGCAUUAUUUAUCAGGUGAACAUUUUGUUAACUAAACAUUUUUUUAAAUCCCAAUGGCUUAGUGAGUACUGAUUACACAGAAGGCCCAGGGUUAAAUCCAUAAUCUUCAUAUAAUUAGUCAAUCACAGUCAGAGUUUAAGAAUUGGCCUGAGUGUCACCACACUAGGGAAGGGAAAAAAUUCAGAUGGAUUCCCUGUUCCUGACUGGUACCCAAUGAUGCUUGAUGGGAAACGCAUGUGUGGACAUCAGGUGAAGAAAGAAUAGGUUUAGGCAUGAUCACUCUUCACAAAUACCCUGCCGACACUCACUAUUGGAAGAUCAGUUGUGGUGAAUGGCUAGUUAGACAAGAUAUCAGAAAACUGCCAGCAACUGCAGAGUUACGUUUCAUCAUGAGUCACUAUCUUCUUAAGGUGGCAGAAAAUUUAAGGUUAAAAAUUGAUGCUAGUGCUGUGUUGCUAUGGCUGCAGUUGUUCCAACUUGAUAUUUGUGUAACACCUGACAUUGAUCAGUAGUCAUUUGUGUACCUAUGAAAAAUGCAUAUAGUUCUUAACAUUUUAAUCAUGACCUUUUAAAUCAUCAAAAUUUUGCAUUAAUUCAUUUUGAGUGUUGUCUUUGAAUAUCAUUAUGUAAAACACUUUGGUGUCUGAUUUCAAAAUAAUGUUUGCCUAGACACCUCUUUUGCACAUUUUUUGUGAGAAAUGUGUUUGUUCACAAAAGCUCCAUUAAAUCAAUCACAAUUGCUUAUCUU